GGGUGGAGGUCGCUGUCGGUCGAUGCGGAGUCAGUUCGAGGGAGAAAAUCAAAGAGAAGAGAAGCGGAGAGAGUCUGAAGCGCACGGACAUGGAUUCUACGAGGUUACUGUCGCUCCUGUUGGUUUUCUGCUGGUUUUCUGUCUCACAUGCGUCAGGUAAAGGACGAGGGUUCAUCGGCUUUGAGGACCCUGAGAUCUCGGGGCAGGUCGUCGUGGACAAGGCCACCUCUGACACACUGAAGAGCAGCCUCACCACAGUCUUCAUCCCGAUCGUCUACGUCAUCGUGUUCGCGGUGGGGCUCCCUGCUAACGGCAUGGCCAUCUGGGUGUUUCUCUUCAGGACCAAGAAGAAGCACCCGUCCACCAUCUACAUGGCCAACCUGGCUCUGGCCGACCUGCUCUUCGUCAUCUGGACGCCCCUAAAAAUUUCCUACCAUUUCAACGGCAACGACUGGAUCUACGGCGAGCCGCUGUGCAAAGUGCUGGUGAGCUUCUUCUACGGAAACAUGUACUGCUCCGUCCUCUUCAUCUGCUGCCUCAGCGUGCAGAGAUACUGGGUCGUGGCUCACCCGCUGUCCCAGCAGAGGAAGAACACCAGAGUGGCCAUCGGCGUCUGUGUGGCCAUUUGGGCGUUCAUCUGGCUCACCACCACGCCUCUGUACCUGUACGACCACACCGCCAAACUCAAAGACCCCAACGUCACCACCUGCCACGACGUCAGCGUCAUUCGGGACGCCCUCAACCCUUUCCCGUCCGUCCAGCUCCCGUACUACUACUUCAUCUUCAUGGGUAUGGUCGUGUUCCUCGUGCCUUGCGUGGUGAUCGCCGUGGCCUACGUUCUGCUGCUCAGGGCUCUGGGGAACAGCAUGGAGGACAGCGCAGCGGGAAAGAACCGCCGCAGGGCCGUGGUGCUGAUCGUUACCGUCCUGGUGACAUUCGUGGUGUGUUUCGUCCCCAGCAACAUCAUGCUGGUGGUGCAUUACUCGCUGCUGAAGGAUGGAGUGAUGAACAACGGCUACAGCUUCUACGUCUCCACGCUGUGCCUGGCCAGCCUCAACAGCUGCCUGGACCCCUUCAUCUACUACUUCGUGUCGGAGGACUUCAGAAACCACGUGAAGAACACCCUGCUGUGCAGGAGCAGCAGGACCGUGGAGAGGAUGAGGGUCUCGUUCAGCUCCAUGAAAUACUCCAGGAAGAGCAAGUCGUACGUAUCGGACAGCGGGAACACGCAGAGCAGCAGCUGUUAGCCAGAGGCAGGAGGGGCUGAUGGGAUACCUCCGGCCUGCCUGCGCUCGUACUCUGCGUUGGAAAGGCAGCAGGCGCGGACCUCGCGGGUCUGUGGCGACGGACAACCAGGUGACCUCAACGCAUCGGAUAACCAAAGAUGAAGGUUAAAUGUGAAGACGACGGUGCUGCGAUCAGGGCAGACUUCAUUAUGAACUGUUAAAAUGUGAAGCCUGAACACAUAUUUCAGUUUCUUAUAUGUAAAUACAGAGAAGGCCUGAGGAAGACUCACGUUUAGGCCUUUUGACUGACUAAUUCGCUGCACUGAAGACCGUUUACAGCCGUCUGUAACAAGAGAAGCAGGCCGAGCUGAUGUGUUCAGAAGCAGAGAGAGCAGAGAAAUGACUGAUGAAGGUGUUAAUGUAGCUGUAGGUCUAUUUAAUUAUCCCUCCCGUUUUGUCUUUUCUUGCCUAUUCGGUGCAUUCCUGCGGCCGACCACUUUUAAUCCACCUGUGCUGAAGUUUGGACUUUUGGAAAAGUUGCUUUUGUUAUGUCGCCUUUUAAUAAAUGAUGAAACAACAGGA